AUUUGUUGGAAUGAACUUUGACUAUUUUUUCACACAAACUAAUUAUAUACACGUUUAUUUGUUUACUUUGUCUCUAUAGGAACUCUGAAUUUGUCGUAUACUAUAUGUGAAGGAUCUGAGACAAGUUUGGUUUCCUGUUCAUGAGGAUCCCUUUGUUUUCUGUAGUUUGAAGUGCAUACAGCAGUAGUCGUUGGAACUUUUUCCUCCUGGUUAAUCUAUUUCUGAUAAGUGCUUGUUAGAUUUUAUUUAUUUAUUUAUUUUGGUUAAGAAGUGCUUAUUAGAAUCUGUUUUGCUGCCAGAAAUAUUGAGAUUCCGUGUCAAGUUUCACAGCAAAGUUUGGCAAUGGGAUUUCUGGAUCUGUUUGUUGUGGCAGUGAUGCCAGUUCUAGAAGUAUUAUUGGUAGCCGGUGUUGGCUUGUUUUUUGCUAUGGAUCGCAUAAAUCUCUUGGGGCCAGAGGCAAGGAACUACUUGAACAAAAUUGUAUUCUAUCUGUUUGCUCCUUCCCUUGUAUUCAGCAACUUGGCAGAGACUAUCACUUUCCAAAGUUUGGUUACUUUGUGGUUCAUGCCAGUGAAUAUUUUUCUAACAUUCAUUAUUGGCUCAGUACUUGGUUGGAUUCUAAUAAAAAUCACUAAAACUCCUGAACACAUUCGAGGAAUUGUCAUCGGUUGUUGUUCUGCAGGAAACUUGGGAAACUUGCUUCUCAUUAUAGUUCCAGCUGUAUGUGAUGAGUCGAAUAAUCCAUUUGGAGAAUCUUGCUCUACAUAUGCUGAGACUUACGCUUCACUGUCUAUGGCGAUAGGAGCCAUUUUUAUAUGGUCAUACACAUAUCCUUUAGUGGGUGCUUAUGCUAGUGAGAACAUGGACCAUAGCUCUUCUAUCACCAUCAACUCUUCCGAAGGGGCACCUGAAACAUUUUCAAAAAGCAGCACGGAAGCACUACUACCUUCAAGGGAUUGCAAUGAUUCCGAAGAUUAUUCAGGGCAAGGUGAACUGCCUCUAACCAACUCUGACGAGAGAACAAAGGUGCCAAUUGUGAAGAAGACUGUUCAGCGCAUCAAAAUUAUUAUGAGGAAGAUCGACCUGAAAAAGGCGUUUGCACCAUCAGCCAUUGCAGCGGUUGUCGGGUUUAUCGUCGGGACAAUCACACCAAUCAGAAAAGUACUAAUUGGUGAUAGUGCUCCUCUUCAUGUAAUUGAUAAUUCUGCAUCUUUAAUGGGGGAGGCAGGCAUUCCAUGUUUGACCUUGAUAAUGGGGGCAAACCUUCUCAAAGGUCUGAAAAGAUCAGAGGUGAGCCUGUGGGUAAUUAUAGGGAUUAUUGCAGUGAGGAACAUAUUCUUGCCUCUACUUGGGAUUGGUGUUGUGAAAGCUGCAUACCUUUUCGGCUUGGUUGGAUCAGAUUCCUUGUAUCAAUUUGUUCUUAUGCUUCAGUAUGCUGUUCCAUCGGCAAUGAGUGUAGGUACAAUGACGCAAUUAUUUCAGCGUGGUCAGGUUGAAACCUCUGUGAUUAUGCUAUGGAGUUACGCUGUAUCUUCAAUCUCCCUCACUCUUUGGUCAACAUUAUUCAUGUGGCUUCUGCCUUGAUUUGUUGUUCAAAUUCAUUUUGUCUCCAGCUUUAGUAAAAAAUCAUGCCACCGUAAAAGUUCCAUGAAGGUCAAAGCAUUUACGAAGAGAUUUUCUACAGAGCUCCAGACAAUUUUUUUGUCUAUCGACCUGACAAGGUUGUUUAAUAACGUUGACGUGGAAACCUAUGUAGACGAAAACAUG